GCCAAAAAGAGGUUAAACAACAACCGAAGAUUACACAAAAUGCUGCUUAAGCAAAGGAUUAAACUCUUCCAAACUUUUCUGGCACAUCCUCGCCACCUUGGAACGAGUUCUCCUGCGAGUCAGUCCUUCAAGAAGUGGUACCAGAAUCUGUGGACCACUGAGCGCACCAACCUGCCGCCCUAUAACCACUUCACCCAGAUUGGAGACCCGAUCCUUAGGCAACAGGCGGCUAUGGUUCCCAAGGAACACAUAGACAGCCCCGAGAUCGAAGCCAUAGUCGAGCAGAUGGUCAAAGUGCUGAGGAAAUUUAAUUGUGUGGGCAUUGCGGCGCCCCAGAUUGGAGUUUCCCUCAGGAUCAUUGCUAUGGAAUUCAAGGGACAGAUCCGGAAGGAGCUGCCGGAGGCUGUGUACCAGGCACGACAAAUGUCUGAGCUGCCACUGACUGUUUUCAUCAAUCCCGUGCUGACGGUGACCAACUACUCCAAACUGAAACAUCCCGAGGGCUGCAUGAGUGUGCGGGGAUACUCCGCCGAAGUAGAGCGCUUCGAAGAAGUGAAACUAUCCGGCCUAAACCAACUAGGAACCCCCAGCGAAGUGACACUGAGUGGCUGGAAUGCCAGGAUAGCCCAGCACGAAAUGGAUCACUUGGAAGGAAAGCUGUACACCGACCACAUGGAUCGCUCCACAUUUGCGUGCACCUGCUGGGAGGCGGUCAACACAAAAUCCGGACGUGUGGAGAUACCCUUUUACAAGUAGUUAAGGAUUGGCUUUGUAUGUAUAUAUUGAUUGAAUGGAAGUCUAUCUAUCGUUCA